AUGGCUAAGAGAACAUCAUUGCUUGACGAUAAGUUGUUAUCUGGAAUGAUAUUACAUAAUAUUGCGGUGACUUCGAAAAUGAACUUCCGGAUUAAUGAAAUUUUGAAUGAACAACAAAUGGGAUUGGUAAACAGUUACAAACAGAUGUAUAACUAUGAUCCAUCCCUCUUGUUUUUAAUGUCAUUGGGAAUGAUGUCACACUUUGCCGGAGCAUCGUAUUAUACCCAUUUUGCCAGCACUGAUCAUCGUCCGGUUCAGUUGUACAUGUGGAUUUUGGGUCCAAGUGGAAGUGGUAAAACGCAUGCUUUUCGUCAAAUGGAAAAAGCUAUUACGAAAACUGAAAAAAUGUUCCCAUCUACAUACUUGAAACCUGUAAUGGUCAACGGAGCGUUGACAGAAGAACAUUUAUCAUCUGUAGUUACUCAUACAAAUCAUAUCGGCUUGAGACAGCAUCUCGCAUCAAAUAGUAAAAUCUUACUCAAUGAUGAUGCCGAUAUUAUUGCGGAAAAUUAUGGUUUAUAUAACGCCACUGAUGGUGGUAAAGAACACGAACGAAAUCUGAUUCUGUGUGGUCACGAUGGUUUUCGUCGAAAUAGAUAUUCUGAAAAUAAUCCAUCAUUCAAUCAUUUAUGUGUCAUUGUCCAUUUGUUUGGAACAGUUCGUUAUGUAUUCGAAAUGAGUAAAUCUGAACGAGAAGAUAUAUAUGGUGCUGUGUUUGAUCAAUCGUAUAGUGUAGCAGAUGAACAAUCUCAAUUUCAAUCUCAAAAUGACCAUUCCUCUAUGUAUACGUUAUGGAAUUUAAUUAUUGAUUUAAAUGAGUCAAAUGAUCAAAAACUUGAUCAACAACAACAAAUCAGGGAUUUCUAUGCGAAAGCUGCAGCUACAGUUCUACGAAUUGCUUGUUUGAUGCAGCUCUAUUACAAUUCAAUGAGUAUAUUGAGUGAAGUCUACGAAACGGUGGUAUAUUCAGAAGGUGACGAUGAAGAUUCUACUAUAAAUGAGAAGUUCAUUGAGAGAGUACAAAAUAUUAUUCGAAGUAAAUUUUAUGUUUAUGAUUUGACAUAUUUACCACGAAAGAAUGUUAAUCAAACAACAAUGGAUCCUAUGAUAAUUGUUCACAAAGAUGCCGUGUUAGCUGCUUGGAAAUGGUACGAGCAUCAGCUCGAUGUUGUUACAACUUUGUUUACCAUUGAUUACAAUUUUUCUGCUAAAUCUGUAACCAAACAUUCAACAACUGUGUCGGAACAAACAAGAUUAAAAGAAUUAAUUAUGCUCUGUGAAUUCAAUAUUUUUCCGUUAUCAACAUUGACAGACAGACAUCCUAUAACAGGACAGACUGGAAUUCUUAAAAAUCGUCCUGCAUUAGGCGAACAAGCUUUACAAGAAUUGAUCAAUGACGGUCUGUUAAAGUUCAAUUAUUUUUUAAUGGAUUCUCGAAACAGAAAAAUAAAAUCAUAUAUGAAAAUUCCAAUAACAAAAUCUAAUGAUAUAUUUCAAGAGUUUAUUAAAAACAAAUUGAUCAAACAUGGAAUAAAUGUCGAGGAAUAUUUUUCGGUUUAUCGCACGUCGUCCAUUCCACCUAAUAACAAAUUAUCACCACUAUCUAUAGAAAUUUUCAAGCACAGUUCUUGUCUUGUACCAUAUUAUAAAUAUUAUAAAACUCAUUUGGAAACAGUAACUCAAGAUCAUAUUCAGAAUGGUAAUAUACAAGAAGUUGAAGAUGGAUGUUUUGCUACUACAAACAAUGAGAUAUUCUCUUGUAAUUAUGAUGAGAUUGAAAACUUACUCUUGUGUAAUCGACGAAAACAAAUGAAUGAUAAUUGUAAUGCAAUAAAUCCUACAAAACCAACAACCAGUUUUCCUGCUCAAUUGGAAAAAACUACAGAAUCAAUAGUCAAUGUUCCAUGUAUUACAAGUGGAAAAGAUUAUGAAACGCAACAUCAAGGUUUAGAUGAGGAAUCGAUAGAUGAGCAGCAGGUUGCUGACGUUAAUAAUAAAACAUCUGAGCUUGUUACUUUACAAAUAUCGCAAGAUCUUGAUAAUUGUUCUAUAUCUGCAUGUAGUAAUCAGGUCGAAACUGAAAUAUUGAACGAGAGUACUGAUGAUGCACGUUCUUCUACAUCAGCAGCGUAUAAAAUCAAAGAAGUGAAUAAAACAGGUGAGAAACAUACUGAACAAGCGGUGAAAAAAGCAAUGAACAACAUAUUAUGUAGUAAAUCUGUUAUUUAUACAAAAACAGAUCUUACGCAAAUAUGCAAUAGACCAUCAAUACGUUUAGAAGCAAUUGCACGUUUGAUUGGAGCUGAACUACUCGAGCAUAGAGAUGAUUUAUGGGUAGAACCAAGUCGGUCGAAAAAAAUUAUUAAAAAAGAGAUCAGACGUUCGUUGAGAGAGGGGUGGAUCAAGAAAGCACCUCAAUUACAAUCCAACACAUCGAAAUUUAAAUUCAUUGAAUCAUUACAAAAAAACGUAAACAUGUCUCUUGAAGAUUAUAUGAAAAGUUUCUAUCCGCAUCAAAAAGAAAAUGUGUUCACCAAUAACAAUUGGACUUUAUCGGAUGAGUGUAUCAAUAUUUUUCAAUCACAUACUUUUUACGUGGAGCACGUUCGAUGGGACUUUGAACGUUUCAGACUAUCCGAUGUAUCAAAGGAAACCGAUACUAAUAAUGAAAAUGAAUUACCAUUAACACAAAUAUCACGUUCAUUACCUUGCGAGAAGAGUAUAACAGAUGACAUACUUCAAGAAUUAACACAACAAGCACACAUCGAUGGCACCACAGAAACAGAAAUUACAAGUACAUUGUCCUUAGCUGCACGACCAAAACGAAAACUUCGGAUAGUUGAUGGUCAGGAAAACGAAAUACGAACACAACCAAAAAGAGUAAAGAAAAAAUAUUAA